AUGAACUAUUACUGUCAUUUACAGCCCCUUGACGAAAGUGAUGAGCCUGUUGUUUCAGCUAAUGUGGUAAGUUGUGUGUAAUUGUAUUUUGGGGCUCAUCCACUAGAUAUAGCCUUUGCUAUUUGGACAAUCCCAACUCGCUCCUUAUAUAGUCACUACAAUUUUUAUUCUUCACUUAUGUAUAAUUGUAUUUCUUUGUCUUCUUUUUCUUUAUCUGUCUGAAUCACAUGUAAACGGAGCUGAGUGAAAUAAAUCUUGUUGUCAUACGUUUCUUGUCAUACAUGCCAAAUAACUAGGAAGUUUUUUUGGUCCUAUUUUCCUUUUGGCUCCUUUGAAAGUAGCCGGGGUCAUGUAGUUGGGGAAACUCUCUGGUUCCCGGCCCUCAGUGACAGCUCUCUUGUAGCUUUAUGUGGCCUUCAACUGUGCUGUAAUGCAUCAGUUCUGGAUACAUAAUGAGAUGAGCACAGAACUCUCGGGGGCGGGGGAAUACUUGGGUUUAUUUUGACCUGUCAGAACCCCCACCUCAUUGUUGUCUAUUCUGUGGCCAAAUGUAGACCUCAUCUUAGUCACUUUUGGGAAAAGGUAAUUCUAAAGAAAUUCAUGAUCAGUCUGGAGAAUUUAAGCCUGCAAAAACAACCAUUUUUCCUUGCUCCUCGCCGCUGGGGACGUUUUGCGAGGAGGAACGUCUGCAAUUCAUUGACAGAAAUUCCCUACUGAUGAUUUAAAAUCUGUCCAAAAUCUGGUCAUAAAUCGCUGAUUGGGCAACAGACUAGUUACAUUGUUUUAGCUGUUGUUUACAAAAUUAUGACUGACAGACAAAAGGCUACAAAGGUCAAAUGUAAGCUUGAUGAUUCUAACACAAAAUAGUCAAUAUUAAUUGUGGAAUUCCUCUCUAGAAGCAGCAUUUGAGUUUUGCUGGAGCUCCUUUGUGGACAAACACAACACUUUACCAAAAUCGACCAGAAGGAAUGCAAAAUUUAACAAAUUUGCAUUUGGAACCCCAUGACUACCAAAUUUACUAUGUAGGCGAGGAUCAAGGAGAAAGGGCUGUUUUCGCAGGCUAGGAGAAUUUGUUUGUGGAUAUUGAGGAUUAAUUAUUAAAUGGUUCAGAUGACGGAUCUUAUUAGUCUUAUGGAACAUUUUUUGUAAAUACAAAAUGUGAAUCCAUUUUAUAUUGAUCGCAAUAAGUCAACAGAUAUAAAUAUAUAUAUUUUUUGUAUUUCUCUUUGAUUCAGAUUGACUGCAACAGCGACAAUUCUGAAAAAAGUGAAAAGAGGCAACUCUUAGAGUCAUGGCUGAACAAAAUAAUGAGAAUAAAGAUUUCUGAUGGAAGAACAUUAAUUGGUUCAUUUCUUUGUACUGACCGUGAUAGGAAUAUUAUUCUUGGAUCAUGUCAAGAGUUUGUAGGCUCAGCAGGUAAGUGAUAAAAUAGAGUAGUGAUAAAACUAGAGGUGAUCAUUGAUUACAGAUCCAUGUUUGUUACUUAUGGAAAUUUAAGCGAGUCCAGUUUUCCAGCAGAGAUGUUCCCCCUGACAAAAUCAGUGGGGGCGGCUAAUCGGCAGUCGCCCAUGAUACCUUGAAAAUGUGUCGCUUUGUACUAUAGGAACACUAAGAUUAGGAAGCAUUCUGACAAAUGCGACAAUGAGCAACGAUUCAGUUAAGGGGUAACCUGUAUAGCUAGUGGCUGUUUUGAUUGUCAAGCAUACAGAUGAGCGGUGAAGCUGCGAGGAGGAGGAGGAGGAGGAGGAGGAGGAGGUCCUCACAUGUUUACAGCUUUUCCCCCUCUCACGAAAUAAGCCACUAGCUACACAGGAUUGAUAAGGGGAUGAUCUUCUGUGAAUCAUAGAAAGUAGCCUGCUUUGCAGACGUAAUCUUAACCCCAGUUAGUAAUGUCUGUGAAGCAGUGCUGAUAUCCUUGUUCUCAGCUCCUAACAGAAUCAACCAUUACUGGAAGUCCAUUUCCAAUUUCCUUUCAACCUGAUUGGCAAAUAGACAAUGCCUUUUGUAACAGGCCAAUCAUGAUGCAUACUCAAAACUUGGUACGCAAGUGGAGACCCAGAAUAAGGAUUUUGGCACUGUUUCACAGAUGGAAUUAACAAAAGUUUAGUUUGGUCAGUGGCGCAGGCUACUUAGAAAGAAGCAAUAUCAUAGAUUUACUGUGAGGUAAAAAAUCUGAGACAUGAAGGGUUGUUUCAUCUGAUAACUGCACACAAAAUUGUAGAUUAUUUCAAAGAGCAAGGGGCAUGUGUCUUAGACUAUCUUCUAAGUGUCCGCAGUCAUUUGUUAAGAUCCCGUAUUUUCAUAGAAAUUAUGGUGGUGCCUGGAUAUGUGAUGAAACACUGAGUCUAGUGUGUGUCAUUUUCUCAAAUGAGUAAUAAUUUUCAAAGAAAUGUGAAGUUUAUUUUUGCAAAAAAAGUUUCUUUUAUACAUGAAAUCCAGCACAUAAACUCUCAUAAGGCUGCUUAUGGUUAGCAGUGAAGUUUGAGUCAUAAUCAGAAGCACAAAGCAUUAUAAUGUUGUAGUGAAAACAGUGUUUGAUUCCUCUUAUGGCUCCAUUUUCUUUCUUUUUUUGGUGGCAGAUGAAAAAGAGGAACCAAGAAUACUUGGGCUGGCCAUGGUACCAGGAAAACACAUUAUGUCCAUUGAAAUAGAUGAAGAAUGACUUAAACAAAGCUUAUCAUGGAACCUAACAUACAUCAGAUAAAGAAAAAUAACCUUGAUGGUUUUAAUGUGGAAGUGUUUUACAAUUCUGCUGUCAGAUGGUUCAUUUACAGUGGAAGUGAUUAAGAAAUUGUUGUUCCAAUUAACUCACUUUAAACUGUGAUCAGCCUUUACUUUGGUUGCGAUGCAAGAUUGCCAGUAAUCUUCUGCUAGAUCAAUAUGGCUUUGCUAGCAAGUUUCAAGCAGGUGCAUGUACUCCUGCAUGGUUUCUAUGCAUGUUCUGGGAAUACUUCAACAUGUAAAUGGUACAAGGAAAAUAACCAAUUUGCAGUAACUAAUGGAAAGAAUUAAAACUGGCCUUUUGGUGAAGAGACAAAUCUUAUGCUACUGUUAUCAAGUAUGGCUGGGAAAAUGAAUGGAAUUUUCAGGAAGUGGUAGCCUAACCAGUGAUCAGGCAAUCCCUCUUUCGCUUUUUAUUUGGGAGA